AUGUUCGACCGGCUGCGGCAUUUGAAGUGGUGGCAGGCGCCGCUGGUGUCGUCGUCGCUGGGGUCGAUCCUGGACACGGCGCUGUUCUUCUCGCUGGCCUUUGCCGGAACCGGCUUGCCGUGGACCACGUGGGCGCUGGGCGAUCUGGCAGUGAAGGCGGUGUUCGCGGCGCUGCUGCUGAUCCCGUUCCGGCUGUUGCUGGGUUUGACCCGGCCAGCGGCGGUGUAA